GGAGCUGGAAGAUGGCGGAGCCGGGGCCGGACUGCAGCGCGCUUCUGGAUGAAGAGCUCUCCUCCUUCGUCUUCAACUAUCUCGCCGACAGUCAGUAUGAAGUAUCUGGUGAGGAGCACCUUUACUCUGAUUUCCCUGAGAUUGAUUUGUCCCAGUUGGAUGCCAGUGACUUUGACUCAGCCAGUUGCUUCAGUGAGCUACAGUGGUGUUGCGAGCGCUCCGAAACAGAGUCUAGCCAGUACAGCACGGAUGACUCUGAGCUUUUUCAGAUUAUAGACAGCGAGAAUGAAGCAUUGCUGGCGGCUCUCACCGAGACACUGGAUGACAUCCAGGGAGAUGACAUGGGUCUGGCUGCCUUCAGAAAUAUGGACGAGGGGGACAUGCCCAACAGCGGCUGCACGUCACCCACCCCCUCUCCCAAACCUGCUGCCCCUGUCUCGAGGGGGCCUCCUCUGGCCCCAGAGGUUGAUGAGCUGUCUCUACUGAAAAAGUUGCUUCUUUCUCCAUCCAAUGUGUCUACAAACUUUGAGGUUCCGAAAGAGGGGACUGUGUGGCGACCAGGAGCGCCCAGAUCCAGGUCCCAGAGGCCCUGUACAAAGGUGGAAGGUGUUCGGCAAAGGAAGUCAAGCUUUCUCCAGGCUCAGAGUCGAAGCUGCACUGAGCUUCAUAAGCACCUCACCUCCUCCACCACCACCAUGCACUGCCCACACACAAAAUCCAGCUGGCCCCUGGAUGAGUGUCCUAACAGCAGCGAACCCCAGGGACAUUAUGCCCAUAAUGGAGAGGACAGUGACUCCAGUGAAGAUCUGCUGAAUUUUAGUAACAUUGCAGCGACUCCUCCCUCCUCCUCUGAGGAAGGGGGUGGUGAGAAGGACCUCCAUGCUGCUGUGGAGCUUAUCCGCUACAUGCAUACCUACUGCCUUCCUCCCAGAAAGUUUCCCCCUACAGGUCUUGUAGAAGUGAAGCACCAGCAUUACCACAGCCCAUCCAAAAGAGCAAAGCCGGAUUGCCCCCUGCAAAGAUCUCCCUUCUGUGACAAGGACGCUUGUUCCUCUAGCUCUUGGCAUCCUUCUGCAGGCUGUAAACAGUCCAGAGUUCCCUCUUCUGAUUUCUCCAUCUUGAAAGAGCUGUUAGCCAGAGACCUUCCAUGUGAUGUGAGCAAGCCAUACCGAUUGGCCAAGCCUGUGUAUGCCUCUUUUGCCAGGUCACAAUCUCCCAAAUCUUCAAGAUCUCCACCACUUGAGACUGGGUGGGCUGCAGAGAUGAGUAAGUCCACUGCCAAAAUGUCACCUGAGCUGAGGCAGAGCCCCCUGACAGAGUCUGAGGCUAAAAAAGAGACUGGCAGCCCUGCAGAAGAGAAUGGUGCAAAGCAAGGGACUCUCCCCGCCCAGCUAGCUCCUGGGAAGAUGGCUCGCAAGCAGGAGAGCUCUGUUUAUGCAGUGCGCCGCUCCAAACGACUGAACCCCGAGCUCAGCCUUUGGCUGUCAUUCCUUGAGGAGUCUUCACCGGCCCCUGCUACAUCAACAGAAUCAGCAGGGAAUAGGGCAAAGGAGCCAUUUGCCUCCAGGGCGCCGUUGGAGAACUUUGAUACGGAAGCACCAGCAGCAGAGGUGGAAGUCAGCGGUGCAGAGGAGGUGGAGAGUGAAUGUCAGAGCCACCCAAUGGAGUUACAGACCCCCUCUCCAGAGAGCUCUGGAGAGAGUGAAGCAUAUGAGAUAAAUGAGAUCCCAUGCUGCACCCUCUUGCACCAAACAGAAGCACCCGGGUGUCUGUCACUUCCCUUGGCACAAAUUGAGCCUGCAUUUGGGAAGCAGAACUUUGAGCAAGUGUUGACAGUAGAGCUGUGUGGCACUGCAGGUCUCACACCACCAACGACUCCGCCAUACAAGCCUUCAGAGGAGGACCUGUAUAAACCCGACAUUCACCAGAGGCCAGCCAAGGAGGCUGCUGUCGUCACUGGCUCUGAGCUGCAGCCAGCAACAGGCAAUGGGGCAAACUCCAGGAAGCACCAGAAGAAACACCCAGUGAGGACAGAACUCUAUGCGCACCUGAGUCGGGCUGCUGCCCACCCAUCUCACUUUGAGCAACAUGGGGUGCUGAAGCGCCCUUUCUCUCGCUCUUUUGGUGACCAUGACUACUGUCAGGUCUUGAAGUCUGAGACCUCACUCCAGAGGAAGGUGCUGAAGUCCUGGGAUCCCCUGAGCUACAUAGAAAGCCAGCACAAGCGGAGAGUGCCUGACGUGCGCUCUCUAGGUGCAGGCGAAGAGGGUGCUGAUGAGGCUUCAGCCAAGGAGGGCAGCAAACAGCUGAGAGACCAGGAGAUCAGAGCCAGCUUGACAAAACACUUUGGCCUCUUGGACAGUGCCCUCGAUGACAGGGAGAUGGCCUUCUGCAAGACACCUGAAUACGACACUGUCUUUGAGGACAGCUGCAGUGAAAUUGGUUCCCCAUUGGAAGAGGAGGAGGAAGAGGAGGAAGAGUGCUGCUCAAGUCCCUUGGAAUCCAAGAUGUGCCCAUACAAGAAUCCUCUCUCUAGAACCAGUUUGCACUAUUGUUCCAGAAGCAGGUCUGGUUCUGAGUCUUCAUGUGGCAGGUCCAGGUCUCCAGCAAGCAGAUGGGCUCUCAGAUGCGAGAACGGCAAGCAGUGUCAAGAUGGAAUUGUGAGCAACCCAGGGCAGAUGGAGAAGAGAAGAGAAAAAGCCAUUGGGGAAGGCCGGGUAGUGUUCAUCAAAAACCUCUCCAGCAGUAUGAGCUCCAGCGAACUGAAGCAGCGUUUUGAAGUGUUUGGUGAGAUCGUCGAGUGUUGUGUUUUGACUAGAAAUAAAAGGGGAGAUAAAUAUGGCUUCAUCACGUACCGGUGUUCAGAACAUGCCGCCUUAUCCCUGAAGAAUGGCGCCUCAUUGAGGAAAAGAAAUGAGCCCUCAUUCCAGCUGAGUUAUGGUGGCUUUGGGCACUUCUUCUGGACCAGAUACACUGACUUGGAUUCCAAUACAGAAGAGUCCUCCUCGACUCCAGUAAAAAGUAAAUACGAGACCAUGGAUUUUGACAGCCUGCUGCAGGAGGCCCAGGAAAGCCUGCAUCGGUAACAGCCUUAACCUUUGAGGAAUACCUCAAUACCUCAGUCAAGGCACUUCCAAUAUGUUUACGUUUUCAAAGAAAUGAUUAAGUAUACAACAAGAACGAGAGAGAGAGAGAGACUGCUGUCCCUUUAAAUCGAUGUUUACAUUGAACAAGCUGCUUCUGUCUGUGAGUCCCCAUGGUAUUGAUGUUCCACUGCCACACAUUAGUAUCUUUGCUUCUGAUUGGUUGUGUUAGGAUGAGCCUGCAAAACCCUCCUGUUCCCUUCUUGUCCACCCCUUUCUCUGACUGGCCCCUCUUCCCUACUUCUGCUGUGAAGUUGCAGCUGUGUUCACCAUAACUUUUUUUUUUGUCUGUAGUGUGUGAUGAUAAAAUUGUUAAUUGUGAAUAGAAUCAGGAUUGUAAACUAAUUUUUAAUAGAAGAAAGAACUAUAUACUUACAAUGUAUUUAUGGCUCAGAUGUACUGUAAUUCAGAUUUAUUGUACCGCUUCCUUGAUUUUUUAACUAUGCACUGUAAUGAGGCAUUUGCCCCCCAGCAGAUGUGGCCAGUCCAGAAGGGUAACCCGCAGUUAGUGGCUCAGGUGAAAUUGCUUUCCCUUCUUGGUGGAGAAUUCCAGUUUGGCUCUUGAUGAACUGAGGCAUUAUUGGACAAAUUUUUCAUAUUGCUGUAUAAGCCAUUCUUUCCAUUUGCACGGUCUGAUUUGUGAGAUCGCCACUCCCAAAUGGUUGACUGCAUGAGAUUCAGUGUACUGAUUCAGCAGGCCAGAGCUGGAUCUGGCUAUGUAGGAACAGAGUUUUUAAAUGGUGAAUUUCUAAGAACAUUAAAUUGGCAGUGUUACAAGUUAGUAAAGUUCCAUCUGUCUUCCGUGUCAGGGAAAUAGAAUGACUGAUAAGGUCUCAGAGCCACCCCCAGAAGGAUUCUGCCAAAGGGUUCCUCAUCACAAUGUACACUCCGAUGGCAGCUUCUGUUUCAUGAUAUUUCAGUAAACACAAUGUGAUAGUUAGAAGUACAGGAACAUGAAGCAAAUCAUUCAAGGCCAUACGUCGCAUCAGUGGUAGCCUCAGGAAUAGAUUUUUACCAUCUGGUCAUUUUAACCAAAGCAGAAUCUCCUGCCAAGUGAAUGGCAGGAGGCUUUCUUGGCAAUAUCCAGUAGAAUGGGAGCAAAAGAAUUCAUGCCAUUGUUCUGGGCAGGCAUAAGUGAUGCUCAGAGCCAGCUCAUGGUGCAUGGAUUACCUGCUGAGCAUCCCUGUUCUCUUUCUCAAUGGAGUCUUAAUAAGCCAUAUCAUAAAACAUCGAGCCAUAGCUACAGUAAUUCUAGGGUCCUGGCUCUUCCCGUCAAUAAUUCUGUACGAUAGUUGCUGUCCCCCCAUCCUACAAAAGGUACAAAAUGUUAUGUACUUCUGCUAGCAACCUUUUGACUUUUAGGUGGCUCUGAUCUGAUCGCUUUAGUGGCUUGUUCCCUUGACUGGCUUCUUAUGGAUUCACAAACUUGAGGAGGCCUUGUAAACUAACAGUGCAAUCGUAAGCCGAGUUACAGCCUUCUAAGUCCAUUGAAAUCAGUAGGUUUAGAAGGCUGUAAUUCUGCUUAAGAAUACACUGUAAAUCAGCACAGCAGCCAAUCUUAGGAUGGUUCAAGCAAAUGAUUUAUAGAGUGUGGAACUCUUUGAUAUUAGCCAGAAUGCCAGGUCAGAGAAUUCACAUAAACUUCCUGAACAGAAAAUUGUGAAUAAGAGUCAGGAAGGAGACCCUCGAUAACUGCCACAUAGUCAAUAUAUUCUCAAGCAUUUCGUACUCACCAGUGCAGCACUAUACAGUGAGGGAUGUGACAGAGAGACCCAAUAGAAACGUCAAGAGAGAGCCUUUUCCAGUGGGAACCAAAUAAUCAUUCUAAUUUUUCCAUCCAUGUCUGGUUUAUAUAUCAGAAAAAGGGGAGACCUCUGGGAUUCAGCCAUCCCAUGUAGAUAGAUUAUUGCAGCCUUAAUUCUGCCAACAGAUUCUCUUCCCAUAAGGUCCCUCUUGCAUUAACGUUUAUUUAAUUUGAACUAAAAAAACAUUGCCGACACCUUUGCAAUUGCCUGGUUUAGGCUUCGCUUCCAUCACUGUCCAAAGGCUUACAUGUCACAGAAGUCCCACAUUAAUUAUUUGAUUAGCUCUCUCUUUUGGUGUGCUGCUUUUAACAUCAUGAUUUCAUGUUCUGUUGUAAAAAUCAUUGUCCAUAUGUUUGCUGAUAUACAUCCCUUGUGCCACCUCUGCCUUGGAACUUCCUAACAAAUUGCAAAGCUCUUCUAUUCUCCCAUAACUAGCCCAGAGCAAGGUCUGGCCCAAACAAAGCAUCUGCUAUUGACAAGUGCCUCAUUGUAGCUCUGCCUUUUUCUGUCCUAGUAUUUCCUCACCACAAUGAUGUUUACAUGUGAUUGCUAUAGAGCUUACUGUAGAAUGUAUAUAGCGACACAUUUAGGGUGGGUAGGACUGUCCUGUCCUGUGCUGUGCUGAUGUUUUCAGAGAACAAUCGAACAGAAAAAAAGUAACCACCCCAACAACCAAUAAGUGGAAUUCUUCCAUCUCCUGGCUUGGUUUUAAAGGUGGAUCAAAGUUCACAGCUGGCUUUGGUCAGAGAGAUGGAAAAUGCAUCAAAUUUUAAGCCUGUUGAAAGGGUUGAAUGCAUCUGCAGAGGAGGGGGAGGAAUCCUGCUCUUCAAAAGGAGCGGCAUUCAGUGUGAAUCAUUUGCAGCUGCUCAUUUGUACUUACUUGGCUUUAUAUCUCAAGAGGCUGAACUUGCCAAUGAUAUUUCAGCAUGCUAGUAGAUGCUCUUUGGAGGAAGGAAGAUCCGGUAACGCACAUGGCCUCUCAAUCCUAGGUUUAGGGAGAGGUGCAAUAAGUGGUCUUUGUGUUGCCUGAAGCCUAUAAUUAUUUUUUUUGCGAGAAACUUCACUAGGACUUUAUGCAAUAUGCACACAUGUGCACAAGCGCACACAUGUUUGGGGAAAGGGUAAUGGUGGGGGGCACCAAGCCCCUCUCACUGCUGCUGGGAGCAGCGACUGCUGCCAGCUCAGUACUGUUGAAUGUAGAAUUUGACUGGUGUGUUUAGAUAUUACGCACAUUCAAUGCUGGUUAUGGCAUACCAGUGUCCCUAUGACUUACUUUCAUGGCUAUUUUAGAAGCACAGCUAAGUUUGUAUCAACUGUCCAGGGGUCAGCGUGAAAACUCUUUGUCCUUGU